CUACGAUGAAUACCGGAACAACUGUGCUUCCUAUCAUAACGUACAGCUAGUUAGGUACCGAUGCGAUAGGUGAGCCUGCGGGAAGCAUUCGGAACUCGCGCUCAGGACUAAACUCCACACUGCGAGCAUGCAGGCGGUGUGGAUCCCUUUUUCCAACAACGGAUCGACUGACGACACGAAAAGGAGAAGAUAAAAGACCAACGAAAAAUUGAUUUUGCUCCUCUCUUGUUAAAAAAGAUAGCUUGCCGCUGACGAGGACGAUUGUGACCUUUAGGUCAACAAAGAGGCACUUACUUGUAUCAGUAGGAGGAACGAACACAAGGCUGGGUCAACGAGACCCUGGGCAUUGUUUUGUGUAGGCUGCUGUGUUGUAUUUGUGGUUGUAGCUGGUAGUAGGGGUGUAGUAGUCAUUGGCCUUCACCAUGUCGCAAAUGACGCCAACCAUGGCGGAGCGUGAGGCAGAGCUCGCUGCGCUUCAAUCGGCCUUUGAUGAGUACAUUGCCAGUUCGCGUGAGCUAGAAGAAGAGCUCGAUGCGGAAUUGGCCAAAAUGCAGGAGAAAUUGGCCGAGUCAUCGGCUGCCAAUGCAGCGCUCAGCAUGCAACUGGAAAAUAUUGCUCCUCAGUUAACGAGUCUGGAAAAUAGUCUUACAGAUUCAAGGCGACAAUGGAAGGAGGAGCAGCGUUUGCGUCGACACGCGGAGCAGGGCCAGGAGAUGGCCGAGGCUCGCCUCAGAGAAGUAGAAGGUUCCGUCCAACAGCUUCAACGUGAAAAUGACGCCCUCCACGAAGAGCUAGCCUUUAAAGAGAGCGAAAUUGAAGAAAACAAACUCGAAAUGGAAAUUGAAAAAGAACAGCUCAGGGAGGAGCUGGAGGAAAUUCGUGGAGAUUUGAUUGCCAAGGCCAGGCAACUGCAGAACACGCAACAAAAUAACAAUGGUUCCUCUGGAGGACCAGAGGAUGACUCCUUCCGUACCGACCAAAAUGAUUCUAGUGCUUUUGCAGAUGACGCAUACGCCAAAAAAUUAGAAGAGGAAUUGGAAUUGGUGACAGAACAGCUCAUUGAAACCGAAAAACGAUUGACAACCACAGAAGACAAACUUCGUGCUUCAGACACGCUGGUUGCUAGACUAGAAAGUAAGCAGCAACAAUUGGAUGAUGUUUCCAACUCCGAAAAUGCCAAGAACUCCGAACUCCUCAAGUUUCUGCAGAAAGAAAAUUCUGAUCAUUUGGAAGAACGACACAAGCUGACCGAAGAGUUGGAACUCGCCAAAGAAAAAUUGAAACUCCUGGAAAGUGAUCUCAAGGCUCAUGAAGAGCACGAGGGAGAUUUGGUCAAGAAUGCCGACGAAGUGCGAGCAGAGCACCGCGAAGAGGUUCACAAACUCAAGAUGGCACUUCAAGAAUUAGAGAUGGAAUGCAAAACGGCCAAGUCAGAAGUGGCCGUCAUGGAAAAGACGCUACAAGAGUCGCUUCAAAACAACACCAGCGAAACCUUCAAACUCAAAGAGGAAAUUGCCCACUUGAACCAGGCACUCAACAACAGCAAGAACGACUACCAAUCAUUGUUGGAUGAGCUCGAAGCAGUUUCGUCGCGAUUUGAUGAAGCGGUGCAAGAAUCAGAAAAAUCCGGACGAGAGGCGGCAACUCGCUCCCUGCGUCAAGAGGCCGACGCUAAAGCCCAACAAUUCAAACAAGAACUCAGAAGCCUGUCAGACGAAAAUGAAGCUCUACAGUCUAAAUUGGAUGACGCAGAAAUUGCCCUCGGCCAAGUUAAGGAUACGCAGGACAAGAAUAUUGACAAUGCUCUGGCACAAACCGAAAUGGUCAAGAAACUGCAGCAACAACUCGUAAAGGCCAAAGACGAUGUCGGCGCCAAGGACAAGGAGCUCACCUCUAUGGUUUCUGGCUUGGAGGAACGUUUGGGCAGUGCAGAGGAACUCGUCACCAAAUUGGAGCAUGAGCUCAACUCCACAAAGAGCAAACUUGCUGAAACAGAAUCCCGUAUGAUCAUUCUGAAGCGCGACAAGGGCAUUGAUGCUGCGCAAUCAGCCAACCGCCGAAAAUUGGACGAAUAUCAUGGCGACGAAGAGGAGAGUCGUGAUGACAUUAGUCGCCUACAAUCUCGUUCUUUCGAGUCGUCGGAGCCUCGUCGUUUGGGUCGCCCCAGGCGUCGUGCUCGAUCCAGCUCUCCUUGUUCUGUGGACCGUAUGGGUUUUCGCCUUUCAGAGGAGUCAAAGAAAUACAAGGAGCUGCGCGAAGAAUUUGAAGCUCUAAAAGACCAGAAGCGUAUGAGCGAAGCCCGCAUCAAGAGGCUCGAAGAAGACAUUCGAGUGCUCCAACAAGAACUUUCUGGAUCCAACAAAAACCCUGUAGGUGCUGUUACGCAAAUGUCUCGCUUGUCGUCGCUCGGCAGCGCGGAACGUGGAAUGGAUGUAAUGACUGCAGCCGAAAUGGGACGAGAUCGUUUGGACGACAUUAUUGAUUCGCGUGAUACCGGGCUAAUGGCGGAGGAACUCAGGGGACUCCACCACAAGGUAAAUGCACAGAGAGAAUACAACGCUCAGUUGCUGAGCAAGAUGUUGAGCCUCCAAGGAAACAUCCAGGUAUACUGCCGUGUACGCCCCAUGACCGUCCCUGAGAUUCAACGCGGCUACAAGGGUGUCGUGGAAGCUCUUUCGGAGACCGAGGUUGGGUGCUUCGAUUCACGCACCAAUAAAUGGAAGUCCUUUGGUUUCGACCGUGUCUGGGGUCCGGAUCAGUCACAACAAGCUAUUUUCCAGGAUGUUGAACCUGUUGCUUUGAGUGUCGUCGACGGGUACAACGCAUGUAUCUUUGCCUAUGGUCAGACUGGAAGUGGAAAAACGUACACCAUGGAAGGAGCUGUCGAAGGAAAUCAACACGGUAUCAGUUACCGUACCAUUCAGAAAGUUUUCCAUCUUCUUAACCUCCGAGCCCAGCAGCAACGUGCAGCCGAACUCAUCGUUGGACAACCGGGAGAGGUUCCUGUGUCUGAAGAGGGCCCUGACGGCUCGUCAGUUCCUGGAAACGGCAGGUCGGUGUCUUUCACCUUCGAUUUGGAGCUGAGUAUGCUUGAAAUCUACAAUGAUGAAAUCUAUGACCUGUUGGGGUCUGACAGUUCGUCCAUUAAUGACAAGAUUGAUCAAGCCAAGGCUUCUGGCGGCAAGGCGUCUCUUGAAAUCCGCAAGAACAAGGAAGGCCGCAUCGAGGUCCCCAGUCUUUCGAAAAAUUCGGUCCAGUCGAUCGAAGAUGUGAUGACGCUCUUGAAGAAGGGGAACGAGAAUCGUGCCACUGCAGCAACUGACCUCAACGAGCACAGUUCUCGAUCUCAUAUGGUUCUAAUUGUGCAUGUGAACUCUGGUCUAGACGGCGUACCCAGCAACAAGGGUAUGCUGUAUCUGGUCGAUUUGGCUGGUUCGGAACGUGUUAGGAAGAGUAAUGUUCACGGUCAGGAGCUGCGAGAGGCUGGAUACAUUAACAAAUCGUUGUCGGCACUUGGAAAUGUCAUGGAGGCAUUGGAUCGCAAGGCAUCUCACGUGCCGUACAGAGACAGCAAGCUCACCUACUUGCUUCAAGACUCGCUUGGUGGCAACUCGAGGACCAUGAUGAUUGUUGCUGUGUGUCCCACGGAGGUUGCAUGCGACGAGUCCGUGCACGCUCUGCAAUUCGCUAUUCGCGUCCGGCGCAUUCAAAUUGGAGCUGCCCAGCGCAAUGUUACGUCCAAGAAUUUGGAAGAAACCGUCAAGACUCUCACGCAGGAGCUCAAGGCUAUCACUACCGCCAAGGAGAGAUCCGAGUCGCAACUUCAUUCGCUCAAGCGCGACAACACUCGAAUCCAAGACAAGCUUCAGACUAUGCAGCAAACGAGGAAGGAAAGUAGGUCUGACACUCGCACUCUGGAUGUUCUGCGCAAGAACAACACGGAUAUGGCUGCUCGCUGGCAAAAGGAGAAGCGGAUGCGGGAAGAGACGUCUGAAGAACUUGAGAAGGUGAAGAAGGAACUCCGCAAGGUGCAGCAAGCAAUCACGAAGAAGACACGCGAGUACGAGAAGAUGGAACAAGACAUGAUGGACAAGGAGAGGAAACUUGACAAGCUACACCAUGAUUUACGUGUCGCCAAGGACGCAGCGUCUGCAUCCAGUCUACGUGCCCGGAGAGCACAGGUUCUUAGCGCCAGAGGACGCAGCAUUCCUGGAAAUAAUAACACUGGCAGCAGCAAGGUGGUGGACCAGCUUCCACUUCCAUCAAGGCCAGGUGGUGGGGGACCACCACGAGGCAAUGACACUGUCAAGUCUGGCGAGUCAGAUCUUGCAGUUGUGACCUCCAAUGCUUCCGCAAAAUCUAGUAGUGUUAGCGGUCCUGCCCCCGCACCAGCUGCGAACGCUGGGGAGAGCGACUCGGUCGUCCACGCUCUCCUCUCAGGAUCUCGUGGAAGUAGCCCGCUGCGUGGGAAGAGCCCACUGCGGGCGCGUGGAUCCAAUGUAAGGAGUCAAAGCCCACUCCGCAAGGGUAGUCCCAGUCGUAGGCCUUCAGCUGGCAGCGAAGUUAAUGUUGCUGCUGAAGUUGUUGUUGCCGCGUCUGGAAGCGAGGAUAUUACCGAUGAGACCACGAACGAACAGGAAAAAGAAGACCAGCGACAACCCGAAGCCGAGCACGACAUCGCCGAAAUCCGCAGCCAAGUCCUUUCCCUGCUCGAAAAGCACGACAAGAGCAAGGUGAACCGCAUUGACAUUAUCAUGGAGAAGUUCAAGGGGAAGGAGCAUCUUUUGCUGCAGAAGAUGACACAAAGGUACGAAGGCACCAGCAGUUCCACAUCCGCUCCGUCAGUGCAAAAGCGAAACGAGCUUGCAAUGGAACGGCACAAGGAGCGAAUGAGGCUGAUCCGCGAAAAACAAAACGGCGGUGGCUAAGAAUAGUACCACGUACAGUACUAGCUGUUAAAUCGCCUUAGUAGUUUGAGGGAGACGAAUGUAGCCCUGGCAAACCACUACGUUUUGUGUCCUUUGUAUAGUUGCCAUUAGCUACCGUUCCUGGGUGGAUGUGGUUGGUGCACUCUUGCAAAUUUCCGGAAGUGCUGGUUGUGGCGGAUCAUAAUAUAAGCGUCAUUGGCUGAGGGAUUGGGAUCUUGUGUCCAUUCUCUGAGGGCCGCAGUGUCACCAAGAAAUGCCCCAAAGAACUCUUGCCACUGUGUUGUCCUCCUGUCCUCAGGUGGCCAAGAUGGCUUGUGCCAAUGCAAUCUGCUGCUAGCACUGGCCUUUUGACUUAUUCAACUGAAUGCUCGAAAGGUUCUAGUGCAUGUCAGUGGUUCCCAAGAAUUGCUGGAUGCCAACCUGGAGGUUUUGGAGGCAUUGGAUCUCAACCAGCAACUGAUCCAUAUGUCUGGGCCAGUUCUAUAAGGAAAGUGGAUAGUCUCUUUCAUUCAAUGUAGCAGCCCAACUUGUUGCAGAAUAUAAUCCAAGCUGGGCCAUAAUGCGACUAAAGGUUUGUUCUCCUACAAACCUUGAUGGCCUAGGUGGCACCACGAUUGUACUAUAAUUGCCCUCAACUACCAGCUAGCAAGCUGAGGGCCUUUUGAACUUUAUCUUGUGUGUGUGUGUGUAGGUGUGUGUACGUUGAGUGCUGUGUGAGAUGUGUGGUGUUGUGUGAGAUGUGUGUAGAUACUACUAAGAGUUGAUCUACGACGAAUCUACC